AUGACCACGACGCAAGAGUCCGCCCCAGCGCCCCACGCUGAGGUGCCCCCCACCGACGUCGCGGCGGACCACUCCGACGCUAUUGCUGCUGGCAACGAGGACGGCGUCGCUACCGUCGAGGGUAUGGAGGCCGGUGUCGCUGGCCUCGCCCUCGGCAACGUGCCGCAGCCGCAGUCCGAGCUGCACCGCGCAUGUGCCGAAGGACGCCUCGAGGAUGUCCGCGUAACUCUUGGCCGCGGUCUCGAUGCGCUCGAGUCGCUCGACAUUGCGACUGGAUGCACCCCUAUCGUGCUCGCAGUCACCCACGGCCACGCCGACGUCGUCCGUGAGCUCCUCACGGCUGGUGCUAUUGUCCCGCCUCCUGGCCUCACUAUGGACCCCACGAUGCUGUCGAUCCUCUACCCCCACGCGCAGGCCAUGUACGGCGUUCCUCCGCCGUUUGCGAUGCCGCAGUUCUUCCAGCCAGGAUACUACGGCGGGCCCGCUCACUUUGCCCCCCGUAAGGAGGGCGGCUCGCCCAACGGCCAUGCCAACGGAGCUGCCAGCGGCGGUGCCAACGGCAACGGGCCCAACCUCCCACCGGCAGAGGUCGCCAAGACCAUUCCCUGCCGCAACUUCCCCAACUGCAAGUACGGCGCGUCGUGCAUGUUUUUCCACCCCCUCCACCAGCCCGGCUUUUUCCCGCCCCAAGGUUACUACGAGGGCGGCUUUGUUCCUUACCCUCCUGGUGCUCCCUUCUUCCCGGGUGCGCAAGAGUUUGUCCCUCAGCAGCAGCCCAACGGGGGGCCUGCAGAGUCCGCGCCUGUGUCCGCUGAUGAGGCGGUCACACCAUCAGAGGAGAACGGGGAAGCCGGGCCGAAGCACGAGGCUGCGGCUCACAUUCCCUCGGCCGGUGCCGCAGCGUUUGUUCCAGGUAUGCCUAUGCCGCAGGAGAUGAUGAACGGCUUUGUUGGCUCGCCUCCCGUCGGUUUCAUGUCACCUCUUAUGCCCACUCAGGACGCUGCGGCGUUCUAUGCCACCUCUCCGCCCCAGUUCCAGCCCUUCCUGCCCAACGGCUCGUACCCUGGGCACGGCCGGAGGCAAAGCUUUAACCAGUUCAACAACGGCGGCGGCCAUGCGCUGAAGCCGUACCACGGCAAGAAGCCGUCGUUCUCGGGCGGCCCCAAGCCGUGGGGCCCUGGUGGGCGGCCCGGCGGCUCGUCGCACCUCGGCCAUUGGAAGGACGGCAACCCGCCUCCCUGCGCCUUCUUCCGCGAGGGCAAGUGCAGAAACGGCGAGUUCUGCAAGUUCCCCCACCUCGACACUGAGGGCAACGACUGCAGGCACCCAGACGUGAUCCGUGGCAUCAUUCCGCCGAUGCCGACUCGGCCACCGCGUGUCCUCAACAUGAUGCAUGGUGGUCGCUCGUACCCCCAGCACCAGCAGAUGCUGGCGGCCAAGCAGGCGCAGGCUGCGGCCAACGCCGAGGCUGCUGCGGCUGAGGACGGUGUCACCACGCCUGAGAGUGGCAGCGACAAGGGCUCGGCGUCGUCGCCGGGCCUUCCCCCCAAGCCGCCAGCCGGCUCGCUCCCCCCCUCGCGUGCGGGCAGCCAGCCUGGUCACGCGCGCGUCGGGUCGCGUGCUCACUCGCCGAGUGGCCGCCGUGGCGGUGCGCGGUACGCGAACGGGCACACGUCGCGCUCGUCGUCGUCUGGUGGCGACAAGAGGCCCGCUCCGCCCCAGCGCAUCCCGCGCGCGGACGAAUUCCCAGCCCUCAGCCUGGGCGGGUCCCUCACUCCCAGCGCUGAGCGCCGUGAGCCAUCGUGGGGCAAGACGGCCGCUCAGGUGCUGAGCGAGCCUGCGCCGACCAAGCCCGAAGCCGUCAAGGAGGAGGGUGAGGCUGAGAAGGCGUCGGAUGCCGAGACGGCCGAGGUCGAGGUCGAGGCCAAGGAGACUGUUGAGAAGACCGAGUCGCCAGUCGUGACGAUGGACUCGGACUCUGAGCCGGACGCUGUCAUCGUGUUGGUGUCGACGACGCCUACGCCUGAGGCCGCCGAGGCUGUCAAGGCCAAGGUUGCUGCCGUGUCCUUUGCCGCUGCCAUUGAGACUGCGCCAGUCGCCCUCAAGGCGUAA